GAAAGAGUUCGAUGCUGUAAUGCGAUUGGUUGAGGCGGCUUCGGGGUGCACGAGCCUUCCUUUUUUUUAACCCUUGGGGGAGGGGGUUGUGGCUUAGCGUGAGUUAUGAUUGGCAGCCCCGCGAGGCGGAAGCAGGGCUGUGAGGCGGCUGUCCAGGGUGGCUGAGGAGAGCGACACGGGCCGAGGCGGCGGCGGCGGAGGAGCAAGAAAUGCAGCUGGCAGGCACAAACUUUCCUACUCUGAACACCUGAGGACUGUCGGAUAAUGAUUUCCUUUUCUUUCUAUGAAAGAAGAGUACUGCAACAGAACCUUGCAAUUUGCUAAUUCACAAGUUAUGAAUAUAUUGAUUGGGAUACUUGGGAAGAAGACCACCUUCAUAUGCCAGUAGUUGUGCUGCAAGCAACAUAGGUGCUAUUUUUCAAAAACUCAGAAUGCAACUUGAUGGAAGAAAAGGUUUUAUUAAACAUGUGUGAAGGUCGUUCAUUUCAUGUUCGUUACAGAAUGGAAGCUUCUUGCCUGGAGCUUGCUUUGGAAGGAGAACGAUUGUGUAAAGCGGGAGAUUGUCGAGCUGGUGUAUCUUUCUUUGAGGCCGCCGUUCAGGUUGGAACAGAAGACUUAAAAACGCUCAGUGCAAUUUAUAGCCAACUGGGUAAUGCAUAUUUCUACUUGCACGAAUAUGCAAAAGCUUUGGAAUAUCAUCACCACGAUUUAACUCUUGCAAGGACUAUCGGGGACCAACUGGGAGAAGCUAAAGCAAGUGGGAAUUUAGGUAAUACUUUAAAAAUCCUUGGAAAUUACGAAGAAGCAAUUGUCUGCUGUCAGAGACAUCUUGACAUUUCCAGAGACCUAAGUGACAAGGUUGGAGAAGCAAGAGCACUUUAUAACCUUGGGAAUGUGUAUCACUCCAAGGGUAAGAGUGUGGCCUGUGCAGGUACGCAUGAUCCAGGAGAGUUUCCUGACGAUGUUAAAGCUGCAUUGCAGAAAGCUGCUGAGUAUUAUGAGGAGAACCUGAACAUAGUGACAGAACUGGGAGAUAGAGCUGCACAGGGGCGUGCAUAUGGAAACCUGGGCAAUACCCAUUAUCUUCUGGGAAACUUCAGAAGUGCUGUCAUUGCCCAUGAACAGCGUCUUUUAAUUGCAAAAGAAUUUGGAGAUCGGGCGGCAGAAAGAAGAGCCUACAGUAAUCUUGGAAAUGCUUAUAUUUUCCUUGGGGAGUUUGAAACAGCGGCUGAAUACUACAAGAAGACCCUGCAGCUCGCCAGACAGCUGUCAGACAGAGCCGUAGAAGCACAGGCUUGCUACAGCCUUGGAAAUACAUACACUUUACUCCAGGACUAUGAAAAGGCUAUUGAUUAUCAUCUAAAGCACUUGGCAAUUGCUGAAGAACUGAAUGAUAGAAUUGGUGAAGGAAGGGCCUGCUGGAGUUUAGGAAAUGCAUAUACAGCCCUUGGGAACCAUGAUCAAGCUAUGCAUUAUGCAGAAAAACACUUAGACAUUUCAAGGGAGGUGGGGGAUAAAACUGGAGAACUAACAGCUAAGCUUAACCUCUCAGAUCUCCAGAUGGUGCUUGGUCUAAGCUUCAGCACAAACAAUUCAGUAAUGACAGAAAAUAAUUUCACAGAUAGUAGCUUCUGUGGCACUCGACCACGACUUGGACGUCGCCACAGUAUGGAAAACAUGGAGCUUAUGAAGUUGACACCUGAGAAGGUUCAGGACUGGAACAGUGAAAUAUUGGCCAAACAGAAACAACUAGUUUCCAAACCUUCUGCAAAGCUACAUUUUGUAAACCGAUUAAAAGGCAAAAAAUACAAAAACAUCACUUCAAAAGUUCUUCAGGAUGCUAGUAAUUCUAUUGAUCAUCGACUAAGUUCACAAAAGAAAAGCUGCUCAGAUGCUCCUGGAGAUGAAGGGUUUUUUGACUUGCUAAGCCGAUUUCAGAGCAACCGAAUGGACGAUCAGCGGUAUUGUUUCCAAGAUGGGAAAAGGCUGACAGCAGCAGGGUCCUCCACACCAUCCAGGACAUUAAAAAAAUCCUUUUCUACUCCUAUGGUCUCACCGCACACAGAUGAGUUUCUGGAUCUGCUUGUGAGCUCUCAAAGUAGGCGGCUAGACGACCAGCGGGCCAGUGCCAGCAACCUGCCAGGGCUUCGUCUGAAUCAACACAACAGCCAGUCUGUCCUUGGCCACUUGAUGGCCAGCAGCAACAGUGAGCCAGAUGAGGACUUUUUUGACAUCCUAGUAAAAUGCCAGGGUUCUAGACUAGAUGAUCAGAGGUGUCCAGCACCACCAAACAUCACAAAGGGACCAACUGUACCGGAUGAAGAUUUCUUUAGCCUUAUUUUGAGAUCACAAGGGAAACGAAUGGAUGAACAGAGAGUGUUUUUACCCUCUGGUUUGAAGAGGCCAAAUUCUAACUAAUGAACUUGGGAAUCUUUUUAGAAUAAUAAAACAUCAAGGGAUUAUGCAGUACUGUAAUAAUUUUUCAUAUGCGGUAAUCAAUGCCUUUAAAAGAGAGGGAAAAAAAGAAUAUUCAGAAUACUAUGUAAAUUUACAUAGCUUAUGGUACAGUCAUUACUGCCAGUGCUUGAAAUCAGGUGUUUAAUGUUUGUAAAGAGUUGACUGUAUAGUGUAUUGUCCUGUCUCUCACUUUCCACUCACCUCCUCUUUCUGUAAAUAUAUUACGUACUUUGUUUCUUUAUGGUGAUAGCGCUUCAGGUACUUUGAUCAUCAGUUUAUGGAAGCUUUUGCUGUUAAACUUGUGUCAUUAACAAGCAACACUGUAGAAUUGGCCUCCAGGUUUUUUCAAUCUUUUGCAUAGUGUGAAAUGUUUUGAAAUUAACAGUAUUGCUUUUUUUAAAAAAAAAAUUGAAAAAUAAAUCUUAAUACCCAUUAAGUCUGUUUUACAUGUAUCGAAAUAUUAUGCUGAUGGAAACUGAAAAAUACUGGUCUAAUUGGUCGACAGAUAGCAUGCUCCACACAGUCUAUGUUGUAUUCACCAAUGAAAAGAAUCCUAAAUGGGAUUGAUAAAAGAUCGGUGCCCUUUAAAAAAAUGAUUUGUUUGCUUUAAACUGAAUUUCAAAAGUCUUAAAAAUAAUUGGAAUUUAUGGUAUCUUUGGCCUAACUCAGUAUGGGACCUCAGCUCCCAGAAUUUCUGGCCAUUGGAUAAGCUUACUGGGGCUUCUGGGAGUUGGAGGGCCACAAGUUUGUCAUGUCUGCCCUAACCUGUUUUUUAAAAAACUAUUUAUACAAUUUCUUAUUAUAGUGUUUCAUGUAACACCCAUUUUUGGUCUUGUCUGGCAGGUGGCUCCAUCCAAAUAUGUCUUGUCAUUCUGAGUGCAAACAUAAGGGAAAACAAAUAAAUAGGAUAUUUCGGGAGAGGGAGUAAAUCCGAAUAAGGAAUAAUUUGAAUAUAAUGCAAAGGAACCCAGUUAGGGAUGAACUGAUGAUUAAUCUGAAAAAAAAAUCUGAAUAACUGCUUUCUGUGUCUUACGAUGAAACUUACAUCUUUGCAUAUGAUUGUUAUACUGUAUUACUAAUACUUUUACUAAAAAUUGUGAUUAAAUUGAAUCUUACUAAUAA